CUAAGAGCCCAGUCGCCCAGCCAUCAUCUUGAACUAUCCAAUGUAUCCAUCUCUUCCGACACAUGCCUAUUAUUAGUACUACUUUUAUCUAAACCAUCAAUAUGUAGUAUUAGGUACCAUGCAGGUACUAUAGUAGGAUGGGCUGAAUUGUAGUUGCGAUCAGCUGAUACUACUGGCAUCUAUUUCGAAAGCGUCUUUCGUACAUGCAGGUGUCCACCAUUUACCAAAGUUAUGAUAUAUAUUGCAUGGUACCUAUGCCUUCCACCGAGUGUCGGACUUGGCAUAACGGAUCUGAUAAGGCUUCGCAACGGAUCAGAUAACUUUAUGUGGCUACAUUCCGGGAUAAUGCCUCACACCCAGCCAGGAUGAUUUCAGGUUAGAUCUUGCAAGACGGUCAAGAGACGCCAAGGUCCGCGAUGAUUUGCCCAGGAAAAGAUUUUUCUAUUGGCCUUCGCGGUCUUAUUUCAGGGAUGAUUUUCCGACCUUAUACGAGCAAAUGAUCAACUGAUUUGAUCGGACCCUAGAGAAGAAAUGGGGGUUCAGCCCGAUUCACAACACGUAAUAUAUAGACCAUCGCGUGGGUGCGCGAUCUUGCGAGAUAUGCGAAAUACGAGAUAUAUAUACAGCGUUGCGCCGCAGUGUUUGUUCUAAUGCUACAAAGGUCAUCAUUUCUUAAAACUUGCGCUCAACUUUGCGUAAAAAUCUCAUCACUAUGGCUGUCACCACGGCUGAAGCCAUUCCUGCCACUCCGGCACAGGAUAUUAAACUGACAUCAAAUGGUGAAAAGGUUAAUGAGUUUGGGGACGCCAACGAAUCCAAAUCCGAGACGGAUUCUGAUGCACAUAUGCAAGAUGGUGUCAAGCGAGUCGAGGCCAUCACCACCGUGUGGUCUAAAGAGUUACUUAUCGUCAUGUUUAUUUUGCUGUACAUAGUGACUUUCGUCGAUAUGUUGUUACAAGCUGUCCAGGGAAAUCUCGUACCCUACGUGACCUCAGCCUUUGGGAAACAUGGACUGCUAGCGACUACUAGCAUCGUUGCUACUAUAAUCGGUGGUGUAAGCAGAUUGACAAUCGCGAAGAUGAUCGAUAUCUGGGGCCGGUGCGAAGGCUUCGUCGUUAUGGUCAUACUAGUCGUUCUCGGUAUGGUCUUAAAAGCUACCUGUGUCAACGUCGAGAUGUACGCAGCAGCCCACACCUUGUACUGGGUGGGCCACCUCGGAAUGCAAUACGUCGUCGACAUCAUCCUCGCGGAUACUACUACCCUCAAAAACCGAAUGUUGAUAAUUGGUAUCAAUGCAACCCCAACCAUCGCAACCACCUUCGCCGGGCCCAAGAUAGCCGAACUAUUUUACGUGUAUGCCAACUUCCGAUGGGCUUUUGGCGCCUUCUCGAUCAUUCUCGUGGCAUUCUGUCUUCCUGUCGCUAUUAUUUUCAUCAUCAGCAAGCGCAAAGCCGUCAGGCUAGGAGUCUACCCCGAAAGGGUUAAGACCCGGUCGGUCUGGGAAUCAACGAAGUACUACUUCAUUGAGUUUGACGUAAUCGGAAUGUUCUUGACGAUAUUCGGGUUCUCUCUACUACUCCUACCUUUUAGCAUCGUCAACUAUGCGCCCAAUGGAUGGAAGACUGGAUAUAUCAUUGCAAUGAUAAUACUCGGCGCUUUUCUACUGGGUGUCUUUGCUAUCUGGGAAAGGUCCUUUUCUCCAGUUCCGUACUUUCCCUUCAAGUUCCUAAAAGACCGGACUAUUCUUGCUGCGUGCAUGCUGUAUGGUGUAAUGUUUACCUCCAUAUACUGUUGGGAUAGUUACUAUAGUUCGUACCUACAAGUUGUCCACGGUCAGAGUAUCACGGUCUCCGGCUACGUACUGAAUACUUUCGCGCUCUCCUCAUCCUUCAUUGGCCCAUUCAUUGGCCUCAUUAUUCGAUACACUGGAGAUUAUAAAUGGACCGCAAUUGCAGGAAUUCCUUUCUGCGUCCUCGGCACUGUCCUACUAAUUCACUUCCGUACUCCUGAAGCUUCUAUCGGAUACCUUGUCAUGUGUCAGAUUUUCAAUGGCAUUGCUACCGGAAUAUGGUCUAUCGCGGCGCAACUGGCUAUCAUGGCAUCAGUGACGCAUCAAGAAAUUGCCGUAUCGAUGGCCAUCUUCGGUCUCUUCGGAUCGAUCGGUGCUGCUAUCGGCCUUGCCAUUGCUGGCGCCUUGUGGAACAACAUUCUACCAGAAAAGCUAUACGAAUUCCUUCCAGAAGGAAGCAAGGACUCGGCUGCAGCCAUCUUCAGCGAUAUCACCGUCCAGAUGAAUUAUCCGAUGGGAAGCCCCAUUCGCACGGCAAUUAUCGCGGCUCUAGGAGAUGUGCAGAGGAAGAUGGUGAUCGCUGGCUCGGCGUUCAUUCCUCUUUGUGUCAUCUGUCUCUUUGUAUGGAAGAACAUUAACGUUGUUAAACUCGAGGAGACGCGUGGAAAGCAGGGCAAGGGAAAUAUAUGGUAGUUUUCGCGGCUCAAAUUUUUGUAUGAAUUAAAAGCACCGAUAGAAGUAUACCCAAUACAUCCCCCCUUUUCAG